GUCCGAAAGAUCGUGAAAUUUCUAUGAAACGACACGCCCCACCGCCGCCGGCAGCCUCGUUGGAGGUUGAGCUGGAAACAAAGCCCAUUUUGGCAAUGGACUUUCAGAUUGUGUGGUGGCUAUACGACCAAAGCACGGUGUAUCCAAAUAUCGCUGGCGUGAUCCGCAGUCUCGUGUCGCGGUACCGCACUCAGGACAUCUCCAUCUUGCUCUGGUUAUUCUUCUUCUACUUGGUUACCGACCUCGGUAUACCGUACUUCUACACUUGCGUGGGCAAUCUUGUUGUGGCCGCAGCGCUUCAACACUCCAUCAAUGCCAAGCGUCCCAUAGACUACGACGACAGUCUCUACAUACACGCAUGUACCGACCCCGACACGACAGGGUUUCCGUCCAUCGACUCGCACAUGGCCAUCGUUGUCAUCACGCCCGCACUCACGUCCAACUCGGUCUCGGCACUCACGUUUUCUCUCAUGGCCGUAUCUGGUUUUGCCAUCGCUUUCACACGGGUAUUCGUGGGGGUGAGAUUUCCUUCCCAAAUUGUCGGCAGCUGGGGCACUGGUCUCGUAGGCCUCGUCGUGGCCAACUUUAUCCACGUGAGCGUCCUCCAUCACGCCGCCGCCGCCGUGCCCCCCUCCUUCCAGUACGUCAGCUACGAUGAAGUACUUUAUACGGAACAAUGCCAUCUACAAUUAGUCGCAUCGUUGUCGUGUGUUUCGUGGUCGGGGCGGUGUGUUGCGUGGCGUCGUGGGUCGAAGCCAGCGACAGCCGCAACUUCGGCAUCCCCAGACAUGAAUUUACGCGGGUGUUGAAGGCCAUCGUCGGUAGCGGGACUGAUGACGUGGCAGUCGCUGCGUCCCUUUCAGAAGCUGUGGACCAAGAAAGUCGGAGCCGCGAUUCGUUUUACUACCUCAUGCAGUCGGUGCACAGUCGCAGGCGAAACGAGACUGCCGUUGCGCCGCCGCCCCAAUCCCGAAUGGUGCAGUUCCACAAGGCCGUCGGAAAUGAAGCCACGAUAGAAGACGAAUAAUCGAUUGCCGUUAGGCCAAGCACCUGUGUUGCAAAUACAGCUUGGCGCUGGGAUGGCUUGAAGUCAGCUAACAGAAAAUAAAGGGAGCUCAAUUGCUCGGCUGAUCACUGAGAGGUCACGUGUAAGCAUGAAUUACAAAGUCC